GCUAGCCGCAUCCCCUACUCCCAGCCCAACCUCCAGCGUAGCAUGUCUCUACCUCUCCCCCCCGGCGUUCCCGUGACCGAGGAAUCGUGGCACGCGCUCCCAGUGGACCAGAAGGCGGCAUGGUACCGGCACCUCGGACUUGUCGUCGUUGAUCCCGUGCUCACUGCGCAGGAAGAGCUAGAGCGGCGCCGUCGAUUGGAUAGCCGGUGGACCACCCAGUACCACGAUCACUCUGUGGACGGUCCCAAUGAGGCUAAUCCGUACGCGCAGCGGGACCAGCCGCGGGGUCGUGACGUGCAGCGUUCCCCAAACAGGAACUCGAGGGAGGGCUCGCGCUGGCCAUCCAGGUCAAGACGCCGUCAUCGCUCGGACUCGCUGUCGAGCGCCGAACGAACCAAGUCCCCUCCCCGCCGGCGCCGGCGCACGCAAACGGAGACACGCCCACGUGCAGAAGAGGCAGCGCCAGCAGCCGCUGUCAGUGUCGAGUCCACCAUCGACAACACACCGAUGGGUCCAGCACCGACAGAAGUGCCGCUUCGUGGAACCGACACCCUUAGAGGUCGUGGCGGGCGGAGUGGCCGGCGUGGUGGGCGCCCGAGUGCACUUGAGCGACGGAAUCAAGAUGGCUCUCGCGCCGGCAUGUACGAUGAGGACGCCAUCGAUGUCUGUACAGAAAAAUUGACACCUGGGCCGGCCAAGAACGCAAGAAACAAACUCUUCAGACUCAUCAAGCCUGCAUUCCGCAAACGGUGCGGUGUCAUGCAUGGAGAAAGAUGGCCAAAUGAUCAGAAUAAACGCACGGACGCUGCACGAGGAAUCGACUACGUGACUCCGCUCUUCUCUGCGCCCGUUGAUGAUGCCCGAAACGAGCCGGUGCUCAGUGCGAUCGUCCAGCAAGCCUGGGACAACAUCACAAGCAAAACGCUUCCCGACGACCUGAUGGAUCGGAAAGUGAAGUGGAACAAAGCUAGCCUCGAGACGCUGGUGAAGGUAACCUGGAGUGGCAUGAGGACAGAGUGGAAACGGCAAAAUGAUCCAGCAGCGCAGAAGCGAUCGAAGAUGUCGGAUCAGCGUGGACGCUGGACAGGACGUCGCCAGCAGAAAGCCGAGAAGCUUGAGGAGCCCGCCAUCAUCGAGGCCUAUUUCGACCUUUACAAGGCAGACCCGAGUCCCGUCAUCCACGAGGACUUCAUGUCGGACGAAGCGUCAGGCCCCGAAGAUGAAGAAGUUGAAUCAAAGCAUCAGUGGAAGGUUAGGAUGGCGGAGAAGUUAGCCUUACCCACCUGUGGGGAUGCGUUCGCUGCACUCAGGUUCUUUGAAGUCUUGAGGCCGGCAUGGCGUUCUGAAGAGAUGUCGCUCGUGUUUGAGAAGCUACGGGAACUCCGUCGUACCGUCAUGUCUGCAAAGGAAUCAGAAACAGCAAUUGUCAUACGUGUAUAUGGUACUGACCGUGUGUCUCCGCGUCUUCCAGAGAAGAUGGAGCCUUGGAACUUUGGCAUUAACAUGGAGUGGUACGAGGCGAACAAGGAGCGGGUGAACCUUGGGCGGUGGACCAAGUGGGGCGAUCCGACAGGAUUUGGUGAAAAGAAACAAGUUGAGGGGCAGAAUGAGGAAGUUGGAGUCGGCGAGGGAGGUGGGGCUGGUGAGGGAGGUGGAAUCAGCGAGGGGGGUACUGGUGAAGUCGGCGAGGGAGGUGGAGGCAACACGAGCGACGGCGGAGACAUGGGUGGUAAUGAAAAUGAGGGUGUCACCGCUAACGAGGGUGGUGGUACCAGUAGCGGAGAAGGAGGCAGUGUGAAUUGA